UUUGGAGGCGGCAGCUGAGGCGUUGGGGGACGCGUCCUGCUUACGCGGAGGACGGCACUGGGUAGCCGUCCGUACAAUAAUAGCUCGCGAUGUGGUUCGCAACAACCAUUGUCAAGCAGCAUAUUCCUGCCAUCGUGCGUGGUUGUCCUGUUCUUCUCAUCUGUAGCUUUGAAUUUCUUGCCUGUCGGCUUCUAGCGUUUCGUGAUUGGGCUUCUACUUUAUCCAUUCGACCACUUACACAUUUUCGGGGCUGGCACUCGAACACAGCAGGUCUAAUUCAGCAAGAAUACUACGCCGUACAAGCAAGUCAUCCGGCUCGUACCAUCACAAUGGCGACAUCCUGGUGGAAGAGAGCGAUCGUGGCCCUGGCAGCCAGCAACCUCUUGACGUUGCACGCAGCUGCCCAGCAGAGCAGCCCGAAUGCGACUGGCCCGAGCAGCAACACCACCGCCAACAGCAACUCGACCCUCGUCGGCGAUGUAGGCGCCUUGUUCGUCACGCCCACCCGCGACCUGGCUUUUGCCAUGCGCGUCCCCGCCGACAAGAGCAGCCAGGACAUCUACUUCACCAUGGUCAUGUCUCUGCACGUCAUGUGGGGCGCCAUCGGCUUCGGCUCGAGCCAGAUGGCCGGGUCGCUCAUGCUCGUCAUGUACGGCUCCAGCACGGGGCAGAACAUCACCCUGUCCCCGCGGAUCGCGGGCCCCGGCCACUCAGAGCCGUGGUACAGCCCGGACAUCCGCGUCGAGGCGCUCCCCGGGACGGACCGCAACAACGGGACGGCGUGGGUGUACAACGGCGUGUGCCGCAACUGCCGGUCGUGGAGCACCCCGAGCGGUGGGAGGCUGGGCCUCGACGUCGCCAGCCGCAGCCAGGACAUGAUCUACGCGACCGGCGAGAGCGGGGACAUCUGGUCCGACGACCUCGCGCAGCCGCUGCGCGUGCACAUGAACUUUGGCACCUUUGCCAUGGACAUGACGCGGACGACGGGCACCGCGCAGGACGACGAGCAGGACGCCGCCUCGCUCGUCCCGCAGGUCAACAUGGCCGACUCGACGCCCGAGCUCGUGGGCACCGUCCAGGGCUCCAUCAGCGUCACAAAGUACCGCGAGUGGAAGGGCCUCCUGCACGCCGUCAUCAUGGUGCUGUGCUUUGUCGGCCUGCUGCCCUUUGGCACGUUUGUCCUGCGCCUGGGCGGCUGGGUGAGGGCGCAUGCCGCGGUGCAAGGGUUCGCUGGCGUGCUGGUGAUUGUCGGUGCCGGGCUGGGGAUGAGCAUGAGCGGCAUGUAUAAUCGGUCCCGCAACUUCAACACCCCCCACCAGAUCAUCGGCCUGUUCGUCUUCAUCUUCGUCCUGGGCCAGUUCACCCUGGGCCUCGUGAACCACCGCGCCUUCAAGAAGACGCAGCAAAAGACCAAGCUCGCGCCCGUCCACGUCUGGCUGGGCCGCCUGACGAUCCUGCUCGGUAUCAUCAAUGCAUUCCUCGGCUUCACCUUGUCCCAGGCCGUCUUCUACAACUACAUCCUCGCCGGCCUCGUGCUCUUCAUAUUCCCCUUACUCGCCGUGAUCCUCGUGCUCAAGAAGUGCGUCCAGAAGCGCAUGGGCAGCUCCUCAUCUUCCGACAACAACAAGCCCGGCGAGGACGGCGACAAUGCCAACGGCGGUGGCGGUUAUGAAAUGGAGCCCUGGAGGAAUCUCCACCAGCAGCAGCAGCAGCAGCCGGCGCCGGCGUACUCGGCGGGAGCGGGCAACGGGUUUGGUGGUGUCGGUAGUUAUGCGGCCCCGCCGCCGACGUACCAGCACCAGCACCAAAAUCCGCACCCACACCCGCUUCAGGGGAAUGUCACUGGUGGUGGGAUGGGCCCGCAGCAGAGUACCAGGGAGUAUGUCUAGGCGGGCGUGGGCCUGUUUGGGUCACGUAUGCGAGAAAAGGAGAGGAAUCGUGAACUGUGCGGUGACCCGGUCUGGUAGAGGUCUGGUAUAUAAUCCGCGCUCAGGCUGAGAGGCUCGGCCGCAGAACACAAGACUAAGGGUGAAGGCGUAGAGGUAGGGAUGGGGAUGCCUGUGAGAAGUGUAUUCUAACUACCUAGGUAUGGAGGACGUCCAAAGUGGUUUGUGUUUUUUAAACAGGAGUUAUUGGUGUUUUCUGGAUGACAAGUCUAGCAUGGAGGUUUGAUGAAGAAAUUGAUUUACU